GGUAAUGCAUUUCACACAUUUUGAGGGAAUAUCUGGAUCUGAAAAUCAACGUCAUGAAAUCGAUCAUCAGUUCAUCAAUUCGCUCGCGAGAACGAUCACUCAAGGCGCGUCAGUUGCCGCUCAGCCUGUCGAAGAAAUCCUGGUCCAGGGAAACUUGAUUUGAGGAGCUACUACAUGAGAUGCUCGUGCCCAGAUGGAUCGAAUCGCGAUGCCGAAAUCUCCCGGUUAUCUCAGGCGAUCGCGCGGCUCAAUCGCCCGGAUUGCUCCACACUGACCCAUCUCCUCCGCCAGUGUAUCAGCGCCAGGGCGCUGGAUCAAGGUCGAAUUGUCCACGAACGCAUUCUCAGCGACGGCCAUGGCAAGAACACUCUCCUCCAAAAUCUCCUCGUCCAGAUGUAUGGCCGGUGUGGGCGCCUGGACGAGGCCCUCCAGAUCUUCACUUCCAUGGAAGAGCGCAACAUCUACUCAUGGAAUCUCUUGCUCACGGCGUACGCCCACAACGAAGACUACCCACGUGCCAAGCUCGUCUUCGAUCAAAUCCCCGCCAGGGACGAGGUGUCGUGGAACAUCCUGAUCGCGGCGUAUGCCCGGCGCGGUCAUGGCGAUGGAGCGCUACUGCUUCUCGCGCUCAUGGAUCUCGACGGCGUCCGCGCAAAUCAGUUCACGUUCCUGAGCGCGCUCGAGGCGUGUGAAUCGAUCCGGCAAGGCCGGAUCGUUCACGGGCUUGUGGCUGAAUCCGGGAUGGAAGAUCUUGUUAUUGUCAGCACUGCAAUUGUCACCAUGUACGGAAAUCUUGGUAGAGUGGAUUCGGCAAAACAGACAUUUGACAGAAUGCCUCACAAGAAUGUGAUUACUUGGAACGCAAUGCUUGCAGUGUAUGCCCAAUCAGGGUAUCUAGACGAGGCAAAAUUGUUUUUUGAGUUGCUGCCUUCAAAGGAUGUCUACUCGUGGACAACGAUUAUAGCCGCGCUUGGAGAAUUUGGGUAUCUGGAGGAAGCUAGAAACGCUUUCGAUGAAAUGCCAAGAAGAAACGUUGUAUCUUGGAAUGCUAUGGCUGCCGCAUAUGCCACAAACGGGCAUUUGGAAGAAGCGAAGGUGGUGUUUAAUCUCACUCCGAACAAGAACACGGCCUCGUGGAACUCCAUGAUCUCGGGAUACGCACAGCACGGGAACGAGGAGGCCAUUCACCUCUUCCGACUCAUGGACCUGGCAAGCGAUCCAGCGCCUAACAGGAUAACGUUCAUCAGCGCCCUGAAUGCCUGCGCGUGCUGGUCCUGGGCUCUGAUCGUCGGCAAAGCCAUCCACGACCACCUGGUAGCGACGACCAAGGUGGCCGUCCUGGACGUGACCGUGGCAACAUCCCUGGUAAACAUGUAUGGCAAAUGCGGGGAUCUGGAUCAAGCAAGGGAGAUCUUCAACGCGAUGCCGGCUAAGGGCUUUGUUACAUGGAACGCGAUGCUGGCCGCGUACGCACAGCACGGGCAUGCCGCAUCCGCACUGGAUCUAUUCCACCUCAUGAACCUCGACGGCGUAACCGCUGAUGAUAUCACAUUUACGAGUGUGCUCGCGGCGUGCAGCCACCUCGGGAGCUUGAGCCGAGGGUUGAGUUACUUUGCAGACAUUGCCCAGAGCUUCUCAAUCGCACCAACUUGCGAGCACUACUUGUGCAUGAUCGAUCUCCUGGGUCGGGCUGGGCAAGCCGAGGAAGCCGCGGACUUGGUCCACGCCAUGCCGUUUGAGCCGAGCUCCGUGGCGUUGACAAUGGCGGUGGGAGCUUGUGGAGUCAACGGAGACCCAACCGGUGGGAAGAGCGUGGUCGAGUCAAUGGCCGAGGACCGCGAUCCGGCUCCCUACUUGGUGCUGUCCAACAUCCACGUAACAAGUCAACGGUUGUAACAAGUCAACGGCACAAGGCUAG